GACAUGUCCUGGAUGAGAGAAAAAGAGAAAGAGAGACCUUGGGGCCAGGCAACAGUUAUUAAAGAAGACAGGAAGGACAGCACGGAUGAUAGUGUUGUUGACAGAGGAGGGAGGGUCAGCCAGCUGCUGAGUAAAUUCGGAGAGCACCCCAAGCCUCCAUCUCGAUCCAAAAGCUCUGAUAAUUUCCUCCGGCCUGGGAGGAGAAAAUACUCAGGAGAUGACGAUGACCAACUAUCCGAGGCAGACGCGAGGAAUAUGCUGUUUAAAGGUGUGCCGAAACGCUCAUUUAGCUUCUCUGACCGUGUCAUCUGUUCUAAAGAGAAUGGUUUAGAUGACGAUGGGUAUUAUGAGAGAAAACUACGUGAGAAGAUGCAUUUAGACAAGAGUGUAGCACUGUGGGGCUUGGAGAAGGACACUACAGCAAAGAUCAAAAUGGGGUGCGCACGACUUUUAGAUAAAGACAGGUUUGGAAAGCACAGAGAGAGGCAGUUAAAAAAGGAGGAUGAAAAGGGGGGGCAGAGGAGCGAAGUUAAGAAAGUAGAACCCAUUGACACAAGGGCUGCGGAAAAGGCAGGUGAUGCAGAUGGAGACGAGGGGUUUACAGUGGCAUCUGUCAAAAACACAGAGGGAAUCUCGUUUGCUAGAAGAAUACCUAUCAGGCAGGAUGGGAAAACAAAAGCUGAAAGAGAAAUGAAGCGACUGAGUUUAGAGAGAGAGCUGAGUAUAGAAAAAGAUUCAGAGGCGGUAGGACAGAUUGAGGCGCAAGUUUGCGACAAAAAGUUGUCUGAUUUUCGGAGAGAAGAAGGAUUCGAAAGCAUAAUCCCACCAGAAGCUGUGCAGAAGAGUUCUGUUGUUGCUGCAACAGAGCUUGCCAGUCUAUGUCACGCUGCUGAGAGUCAGUACACACACGAAUCAGCUUUCACAGAGUGCACCAGUCUACUCUGUCCUGUCACAGAUAGGGCUCGAGACCCCCAUAGAGCGCCAGAGUGGAGUGGUACAGGGCCACAAGGACCUUACCUAACACACUCAGUUUUGUCCCAACACACAGAAGAUCUUAUAAGUAAAAUAGAAAAAAUAGGAGACACAACUGUUUAUAGCAAUGAGAAAGGAGAAAGGGUUUACAAGGCUGCUUAUGAAGUGAGCAAAGAGAGCAAACAGGAGGCGCAAAUGUACAGUGAUUCUGGAUCAGAGACCCUUGUUCAUGAUUUAAUCCCCAGAUCUCCAAAAAAAAUUGCACCCAUGGGGAUCCCUCCAGGUCCCCUCGAGAUUCAAAUCCCAAGAGCUGUGUUUUACGUUGGUGAAGAAAUGGUGGAGAGAAAAAAGGCCAUAGGCCAAAGCGAUGAGGGGCAAGACUGGGAAGGAGGUAAAGGGGUUGAGAGAAGGGAUAGCUGGAGGAUCGGAAAACCCUUGAGCCGCAUCGAGUCCCUGCGAGAGAAAAUCAGACAAAGAGAGCUGGAGAGACAGAAACAAAGAGAGGCACAAGAUGCGGGUGGGAGUGAAGGUGCGGAUGUAAAUGUCUCUCAGACAGCCGGGGACAGGCAUGAUGAGAGGGGAACUGAAAUGGAGGCAGAGUGGGAAGCUUCAGCUCAUAUGCGGAAGAGGCUGGUCGAAGCCGAGAAAGGACAGGAAGAUGAAGAAGCGCAGACAUCCGUGACUGCAUUUGACGUCACACAGGAAGUCAGCGUGUUGAAAACCUGCCCUCAGCUUCCUGUUUCUGUCCCACACUCACAAGCUGUCAGUGGAGAGGAAGUAACAAGCGGGUAUGCCACUGCUGCCUCCGAAGUUAUCUCUGACAGCUUCCAGAUAUCUGAGGAUGAAAACGACCCAGUGAAACAUGUGGAGGAACAGCUGAGGCGCCACCGGGGCCAACACGAGAACAGAGAAGACAGGGAGGAGGAGGAAAAGGAGCUCUCAGAGGAGGAGUUAGAGGAAUAUACAUUGCCUCUCGAUCCUGUACAAUCUCUCUCCCCUUUGCCAUCUCAUCCCAACUCCCUCGCAGCCAUGAGCCGGAUCUACAACUUGGAGACAGUUGGCUCGAGGUCAGGCUUGUGUCUGAGGGAGAGGACUGUAGACAUCCCAUCGGUGCACCUCGUUAAAGUGAAGCCCCUCAUGUCAAACGCACAGCAAGGCGACAACAAAGGAUUCUCAGGUGAAGACUUUUGUGGGGUUCAGACAAUACAACGACAGAUAGAGCAGUUUCAGCUGAAAGAGCAGGAAGUGCUGAAGUCCUGUACGUCACCAAACACUCCUCUGAAGGACAGAGAGACAAAGGUGCAGCAAAGCCCUAGAGGAUUGUUAAAGCACCAGAUAAAGGACGAUGCCAAGACCCAAGAGAAAGAUCAAGAAACGUCAAGCCCCAAAGUGUCUCCUCGGGGUAUUUGUUCUCCAACAUCUCAGCUCAAACAGUCUAACCAAACUAUCACCAUCUCCCCCUCAAUUCUCAGAAGCCAAUCCCCGGACAAUACUCUAAAACCCUCGGAUUGCGCCCCAACCCCGGCCUCCUCCCCGUGCUCCCCAUCUCCUGCCCAGUCUCCUAGUGUGUCUCCAUCUCCAACCCCAUCACCCACGCUCUUCUCCAUCAGGAGUGCCUCUGGAGGUAAAGUGAAGAGAGGAGGGGCCACCAUCACAAUCUGUCCGAGAAAGCCUGCUGGAGGAGGGGGAGCAGGGGGAGCAGGUGGAGUGACGGGGUCUCCAACAGGGUCCACAGCAGCAUUGUCAACAGCCCCAAAGACCUCAACGUUGCCGGCCCAGACCACCUCCACUGUGGCCCAGCCAGCGAAGAAGAAGUACCCCACAGCGGAGGAGAUUGAGGUGAUUGGCGGAUAUCAAAAUCUGGAGAAGUCCUGUCUGGUCAAGAACAGAGGGACCCAGAAAAGGGGAAAGGUGUGUUUCGACGAGGAGCAGCUGGAGCAGGUGUGUGAGUACCCAUCAGAGACCUCCAUGCUGGCUUAUUCCCCCCACCCUCAUGACCUGUGGAAGCUGCAGGGAGAGACGGAGCAGGAGCAGGAGGCUGGAGUGGAGGGAGUAACGAUCGUGUCCAAAAGCACAAAGAAUGUGGGGAUUUCAAUGGGACGGGGUAUAAGAGUGGGUCAGUGUCACCCCCUUCUCAAAAAACACAACGUGUAAUGAGUCUUGCCCUCGGUAGAAGCCAGUCACAUCGCCAAAAUUGCCCAUGUGACGAGAUCACCAACAUUUUCUUGAAUGAUAUUAUGUGAUUUUUAUUAUGUUUUGGUUCUUUUGAAUUACUGAAUCGAGUGUUGACGUGAGUGUUUGUACUCCUUGUGGUGUUUUGUUUUAUCUAGCAUCAGAGUGAAUGAGUGUCGUGGAAGAUACAGUACAGUUUGUUUUAUGCAGUUGAAAAAGGAAUUGUGUUUACUGGGGUAAAUAUCACCUAGUUUUACUUUCAGGGAAACUGAGGGACAAAUGUGAAUGUAUGCAUAUGGUACAUAAUAUAAAAAAGACCCUCAGCGGUGCACUGAAGGAUCACUUGUCUAUGCAAUAUAAAGAAACUGAUAAGAUUUUAUUUUUUAGUUCAUAUAUUUUAUAGCUUUAUUGUUAAUUACUUUCUAAAUUUAAGUCAGCACUGCCUCAGCACAGAAGAGUGAUGUUUAUAUCAUCUGGUUUCAUGUGCCUGCUGGAUUUGCCCAUACAGAUGAUCAGUUUAUAGAUAUUUGUAUAUUUAUAUACAAUAUUUAUAUUUUUCUUGUCUGAAGCCUUGUGGAAAAACGUCCUCUCAGCGGGUGUUGUGUUGAGCGUUGCAGGAACAGGGGUGGUGCAAUGUGUGCAGGACUUUUCGAGGUCUUUUGUGGGGUUUAUUUGAGCCUUACUGUUCACAGUGACAACUCUGGUAACAGUUCAUGUGUAUGGAUAUAAAUAAAGGUAUUAUUUUGUUUUUUUUUGUCACAUUGAAGUGGGCGGAGCUGUGUGAGUGAAAGUCUCUGAGAGAAAGCGGAGUUGAGAACAUAAACAAUUCAAUUCAGAUUAACUUCAUCAUAUUACAGCCGAUAUCUGACUUUUGACUGUGCUACGUUUAUAAUACAAUAUAUACAGAGUGUUUCUUGUUUGUAAAUUCCUAUUUUAAUUGGUAAAAGAAGAUGCAAGUUAUUAUUUUUUAUUCUAUGACAGUUGAAGAAGCUGGCUUCAAGAGAAAAGAUAAUAAAUAUCUCUGAAAACA